GGGCCGAGCGGGUGUCGGCGGGCCGGGCAUUGGAGUAUAAACGCGUCCUGCGGUGUGAGAGCCGUGCGCUUCUGGGCUGUUCUCAGCGCGGCCCUGACUGCUCUUUUGUGCCGGCAGGAACGGCGAAUGCGUCGGGGUUUGUCGUCAAAAAGGCUGCGAGGUCUCACCCAGCUGUCGGCGCGGUUAUCGGUGCUGUUUGUUUCCACGUUACAGGGCUGCGUCCUCAAGCAUCGCUCCUCUAAGAACUUAUUUUCUGUGUGCUGUGAGUCAGCGAUGUUGCAAAGGCUGUAAUGGACGCUGAGAAUCACAGAAUGGCCAGGGUUGGAAGGGACCUCAAGGGUCACGGAUCUCCAACCGUCCGUCCCCACUGUGUGCAUACAUUUGGGCUGGGCAGAACGCGGCCUGACGAGCCAUGCAGUAAUGUGUACACGUGCAUUUUGAAUAAGGCUGCCCUGUGGUUUCCUGUCACAUUGCUCCUGUUCUGCAGGGAGCUUCCUUUGGCCUGCCUGUGCAUUAGGUGAAAGGCUGUGGAGUCAGUGACAGGUGGUGCAGAGAUCUCAGAGAAGAGGGAUCUUGUAGCUGAAUGCUGGAAGUUCAACCACUGUGCAGGUGUGUAUGUGCCACAGAAGUGACAGGAUUUGGACCCGUUCAGGAGGAGAGAUGCCCAAGUACAGGAAUGCCAUCUGACUGGAAGAUCUGCUUUGAAAAUCUCUUCUAAAUAAGAUUGCCGUGUGAAAGGGAAAGCGUUUGAGCACUAUGUCAAGGAAAAGAAAGCUGUUGGCUCAAUUAAGUGCCCUCCAAAGUAACUCCAGCAUCCCUCUUUCUGAUGCCUUGAAGAGCCCCACCACGACUCCUGAUGGCAACUCUUCUCCAACAAGCAGCAAAUAUUUUGUAACAGAGAAAAAACAAUCUUCCCAACUGGAAGCAGAUUUCUUCAACCAGCCCUGUAUCAGCCUGGCCAAAUCCUUCCUGGGACAGAUUCUAGUUCGCAAACUUCCCGACGGCAGGGAGCUCUGGGGGAGGAUUGUUGAAACAGAAGCUUAUCUUGGUGGGGAGGAUGAGGCUUCUCACUCAAAAGGUGGGAAGCAAACUCAACGGAAUGCAGCCAUGUUCAUGAAACCAGGAACUCUGUACGUGUACCAGAUCUAUGGGAUUUAUUUCUGCGUGAACGUUUCCAGCCAAGGGGAAGGGGCUGCAGUCUUACUCCGCUCUCUGGAGCCUCUCCAGGGUUUGGAUGUGAUGAGGGAGCUGCGCAGCACUUCAAGGAAAGGACCUGCAAAGCCACUGAAGGACUGGCAGCUGUGUAAUGGGCCCUCCAAGCUCUGCCAAGCAUUUGGGAUUGAUAAGGCUUUUGACCAAAGGGACCUGACUCAAGAUGCGGCCAUCUGGAUGGUACCUGGACAGGAGCUGCCCAGGGAGCAGGACGUGGUAGCCACGACCAGGAUUGGUAUUGGGAACAGAGGAGAAUGGUCACAGAAACCUCUCAGGUUUUAUUUAAGAGGAAACAAAUUUGUGAGUGUUGUAGACAAGAAAAUGGAGCGAGAGAUGGCAGCAAUGGAACCCAUCUCUUGCAGCUGAUGAAUCUUGCAAGUGUGCCACCAACCAGGACUUGAGCUGUGUGCUCUUUUGGAGAGCCUCAAGCCAUGUUGGGGCAGCAGCAAGGGCAGCUUGGAGGUUUUUAACAAUAAACAUAACUUUAUUGCAGCAA